AUGGCCUCCCUUGCAUUGACAUACAGGAAGCAGAGCCGAUGGAAGAAGGCUGAGGGGCUGGAGGUGCAGGUGAUGGAGAUAAGGAUGAGGGUGCUUGGCAAUGAGCAUCCAGAUACCUUGCAGAGCAUGACCAGUAUGGCCUCCCUCGCAUUGAAAUACAGGAAGCGGGGCUGGUGGAAGGAGGCUGAGAGGCUGCUGGAGUCGGCCUUGGAGGCGAGUAAGAGGGUCCUUGGCAAAGAGCAUCCAAAUACCUUAAAGAUCACGGAAAACCUUGCAUCUAUAUAUAUUUCCCAGGGUAAAAUCGACGAAUUCGUCGAAUUAAGGGAACAAAAUCGCCCUCUCAACACCGUCGGCUUCCAUAUAUAUGGCGGAUCUGAUGUCUACUACGAGGACUAG